UCUCUCUUUCUUCACCAUGACCAGCUCUUCAGCUCCCUCACGCAAGGCUUUAAGCAAGAUCGCUUGCAAUAGGUUGCAGAAAGAGCUUACCGAGUGGCAGUUACAUCCUCCCACUGGAUUUAGGCACAAAGUCACCGAUAAUCUUCAAAAAUGGACAAUCGAUGUGACCGGAGCUCCGGGGACGCUCUACGCGAACGAGACUUACCAGCUUCAGGUUGAAUUUCCCGUUAAUUACCCUAUGGAAGCGCCCCAGGUAGUUUUUGUUCCUCCGGCACCGUCUCAUCCACAUAUAUACAGCAAUGGACAUAUUUGCUUAGAUAUUCUCUAUGACUCGUGGUCACCAGCAAUGACUGUGAGUUCGGUCUGCAUCAGCAUUCUCUCCAUGCUAUCAAGUUCACCUGCAAAGGAACGCCCCGCAGAUAAUGAUCGUUACGUGAAGAAUUGUAAGAACGGGAGGUCUCCUAAGGAGACGAGGUGGUGGUUCCAUGACGACAAGGCUUGAUGCAACGACCAAGAGAAGCCCUUUGUUGUAAUAUGAUGACAUGACAUUUGAAAAUGUCGAAUCCUCACACAUUUAAAUGUUCCCUUUUCACUUUUUACCUAUGGAAUGUCAAGCUCGUACUUCCCCAAUAACUCAAAGAAAAGAACAUUUCCGGAAUCUGAAAUCCAUAUACAACUCUUUUUGGUUUUAUAAUCUUGUCGAACCUUUUAGUGUAAUAGAAGAGGAACAGAAACCUUACUCUACAGCUCAGCUAUGGCAGAAAGGAGCUUUGAGAGAGAAGGCAAUAAAUAGAAUCUUUCUGUUACAUUACUCGAAAAUAGCCAAUUAUAUACAGUUGUUGUAAUUUCAUAACAAGAACAAACCAGGUAUGCUAUAUGCA